UUACAACAAAAUGACAAAAUAUCAAAGCCUGUUGUGGCUUUUAGCGGGCUGCUCUUGCCUGAGCGAGCCCGUUUCAUCUGAGGCCCAUACACCGUUGGUGAAGAUAAGAAAUGGAACAAUAUCGGGUCUGAUUAUGAAAACUAGACGCGGCAGAGAGUUCGCUGGCUUCCGGGGAAUUCCUUAUGCCCUGCCACCACUUGAAGAACUUCGAUUCGAGUCGCCAAAACCAUCAGCAGCAUGGGACGGUGUCCGACCAGCCAAAGAGGAUGCAAACAUGUGCGUGCAGAGAAACGUCUUCAUUUACGACGAUAAUAUUCUCGGCGUUGAAGAUUGCCUGUACUUGAACGUGUACACACCGAAACUGCCAACUGAGGAGGACAAAUCAAAAGGAGGCUAUCCCGUUUUGAUCUGGUUGCAUGGUGGCGGCUGGAUUGCCGGCUCUGGGCACUCCGCAAUCUACGGGCCAAAAUUCUUGCUGGACCACGAUGUUAUUCUUGUCACGGUGAACUACAGACUUGGGCCACUAGGAUUCUUGAGCAUGGAGGAUUCGAUAUUACCUGGGAACAAUGGACUGAAAGACCAAGCGCAAGCAAUCCGAUGGGUGCACGAGAAUAUCGCCGCGUUCGGCGGUGAUCCAAAUCGAGUGACCAUCUUUGGAGAAAGCGCAGGAGGUGCCAGCGUACACUUACAUAUGAUGAGUAGCUUGACAAGAGGACUUUUCCAUCGCGCUAUCUCACAAAGUGGCAGCAGCAACUGUCCAUGGGCUAUCGCUAGAUCAGGUUCUGCCAAAAUAAAUGCCAUCAAACUGGCUGACCUUUUACACUGCCCUUCGAAAGACACAAACCAAUUGGUCGCAUGUCUGCGCAAAAAAAACGCCAACGACAUUAUCGGAACAGAUCGUGCUUUUCAGGAAUUUGAUUACGGCCCAAUAAUACCCUUCAGGCCAGUAGUCGAAGCCGAUCAUCCUGGUGCCUUCCUAACAGAGGAUCCUGCAUUUUCAUCAAAAAAUGGUCGCUUGAUGGACAUACCAUGGAUGACGGGGAUUACGUCCGAAGAAGGAGCGCUUGUUGUACCAGGACUAUAUACUAGGCAAAAUGGACAGUUAGUAAAGAAGCUAAACAAUGAUUUCUCAAACAUCGCACCUAUGACAUUGCUGUUCGGAGAGAGCUGCCCCAAAGACGAAAUAAAACGUGUAGCCUCCGAAAUACGAGAAUUCUAUUUCGGCAAAGCCCCGAUCGAUGACGCGGCGCGGUUCAAACUUAUCGAUAUGUACAGCGAUGCGUGGAUCACUCACUGUGCUCAUCAUUCGGUGCGUGAUUAUCUCGAGAAACAGUCUGCCCCUGUUUACUAUUAUUAUUUGACCUACCGAGGUAGUGCAUCAUUCAGUAGGGUAUUUGGUGAUCCUAUCAAUGACUAUGGAGUGUGCCAUGGUGAUGAAAUGCAAUACUUGUUCCCAGUCGGCGAAGUAUUGUUUGCGGAUACACCGCUCAACGAAAAGGAUCACAAAAUGGUCGACACCAUUACAAGUCUUUGGGUCAAUUUUGCUAGUACUGGCAAUCCUACGCCUGAAGUGUCCAAAGACAUACCCAUCAAAUGGAAGCCAGUAAGAACGGAAGCUCUCGAAUACCUUCGCAUAGGAGGCGAUCAAAUUGAAAUGUCGAAAAACCUUAUUCCGGAGAGAAUAAACUUCUGGAACGGUCUGCCGAUACGACCUGAUUUGACAAAGAGUGGCAACCAGCAGCAAAAGGACGAACUGUGAAAACUGUAUAGAAUAUGUCUUCACGACCGAAGAUUGUAGAUUCAGAAAUCAGUCAUAGUCUACACUACCACAAACCAAUAUCACUUGUCAAGACUUUUAUACGAUAAAAU